CCCAACAGAGCUGGACUACAUUUCCUAAGUACUAGCCUGACCUUAACCCACGUAAUGCCUUAUUGUUAGCAACGUUGUUAGUCCGCACCAAGCUCUAUCACGUGUUGUUUGUGUUAAUGACUUGUGUGGUAAAAAAAUGAAACCACUGUCAGAUGCCACGCAAGUUUGGAAACUUUUAAAUGGGAUAGCUACAAUUUAUAAGCCUGCAGGCGUCAGUUUACACAAUUCAAGGCAAACUAUUCUGAAUCACUUGUGUAGAGAUCUAAACAACUUGAAAGUCCGGCCACCUCGGCGACAUGUAUUCAUUGAAGGUGAAACCAACAAGCCGAUGACCGUGCGAGUAGGUAUAAAUUGGGCGGAUCAUCCACUAGUAGUUGGACCACGUUACCAAACCGAAGACUUCAAAUUAUCUUGGGCCCAUUAUAUUGGCCGUGAUACUUCUGGUGUUGUGGUUAUCGGAAUUAAUGAUGGCUCUGGAACAGUUGUUCGUAUCCGUGAAUCAAGACCCACAAGGUUCUAUAGGGUUAAAGGAAUCCUGGGCCAAGCAACAGACAAUCACUUUUUGUCUGGUAGAAUCGUGGAAAAAGCCACGUAUAAAUCCAUCAAACGAGCAACUAUUGAUGCAAUCUGUGCAGCCACCCAAGCAUCUCACCAAAGAAAAAUGUUUGAAUUAUGCGGAUUAGAUAUACAAUCACAAGCUGCGUAUGAUUUGGCAGUGCAAGGGCCAAUCAGACCAGCCAAUAGCAGAAUUCCAAUGAUUUAUGCUAUUAAAUGUAUAGAGUUCACUCCACCAGAAUUCACUUUGGAAUUAGUCUGCAUCAAUGAGUAUGAAAUGUACCUCAAGACGCUAAUACACGAUAUAGGAAUUCAGCUACAUAGUGUUGCUACUUGCACAAAGAUACAAUGUUUUAAAUACGGAUUAUUUACAUCAGAGCACGCGUUGCUACAAAAACAUUGGGAUGUGCGUAAUAUACUUGCAAACAUGGAACUCUGUCAAACAAUUAUUGACAACAACCAAUAUUUGCUCCACCAAGAUAGUCCAAUAUUAAUAAAACAGAAAAUAGAUGAGUCACUACCUAUUACUAAGGCUGAAUUAUUUCAAUCAACUAACCAUCAAAACUAGCAGCGAUCUAUCCAGUCAAUAAACUCGGAUAUUGAUGUUCAAAACCUAUGUGCCAUGUAAAUACAAAAACAAACAAAGAAUGGAGAAACAUCAUUACGAAAAUAUGACAAAUGAAUUUGAACAAAGGGAUUGGUCAACUAUGCAUCCGUACACAUUUUUAAUUGAUAUGGAUACAACAUUUCUACUCAAAAGAAUUUGUCAAUUCUAUAAAUAAAUUUAAAAUAACAGUA